AAUGCUCCGAUCGCGACGGAGAUGGCAACAAUCCGGCAACUUCGACGGAAAAGGUACUGCUGGCGUACGGAGCGGCGCUUGCGGAGGGGUGGUGAGCAGGGUGAUGCGGCGCUGGGGCAAAAGCUAUUAGGGUUAAGGCUGAUAUGGGUUUGGAUAAAUUGGGCCUUAGAUGGGUUUAGGCCUGCUAUUACAAAAACUGACUGCCUGCUUUGUUUUGUUUUGUGCGGGCCCGGGCCAAUUGGGCCUGUUACAGUGAUGAUAGAGAGGUGGAGACAUCGUAUGGUUGAAAUAAAUUUGGAGGCAGAUUCAGAUAUUUGUUUAGAAUGUGUUGUUGGGAAUGAGUGCAAAGGUGAGCCAAUUUUGGAAUGUAGCAUUUUCAUCACAUUUUAGUUAUCAAUUUAUGAACACAAGCUUUCCCAACUCAA